GUUAGCCAAAAAUAAACACCAUUCCUCAACCAUAUAUGUCCACCAGCCCAGAGCUGGGGAGGAGGCGGCGGCAGGUCAGGUCCCCAGGCUCCAGCCACAGGCAGCGUGGCUGCUACACACCAUGCACAUCACCCAGCUCAACCGGGAGUGCCUGCUGCACCUCUUCUCCUUCCUGGACAAGGACAGCAGGAAGAACCUGGCCCGGACCUGCCCCCAGCUCCAGGACGUGUUCGAGGACCCCACACUCUGGCCCCUGCUGCACUUUCGUUCCCUCAUAGAACUCAAGAAGGACAACUUCCUCCUGAGCCCGGCCCUCAAGAACCUCUCCAUCUGCUGGUACUCCAGCCGCGUGCAGGUGUGCAGCAUUGAGGACUGGCUCAAGAGCGCCUUCCAGAGGAGCAUCUGCAGCCGCCAUGAGAGCCUAGUCAAUGAUUUCCUCUCCCAGGUGUGCGACAGGUGCCCCAACUUGGCUUCCGUCACGCUUUCCGGCUGCGGCCACGUCACCGACGACUGCCUGGCUCGCCUGCUGCGCUGCUGCCCGCGCCUGCGCGCGCUGCGCCUGGAGAACUGCGCGCGCGUCACUAACCGCACGCUGGCGGCCGUGGCGGCGCACGGGCGCGCGCUGCAGACGCUGCACGUGGACUUCUGCCGCAACGUGAGCGCGGCCGGCCUGCGCCGCCUGCGUGCCGCGUGCCCGCGCCUGGCGCUGCGGGCCGAGCACAGCGCGGCCAUGAUCCCCGACCAGCUCCCGAGCGUGCCCGCCACGGCGCUCCGCAAGCUGCUGCCGCGCUAGGCCCACCGCGCCGGGGCGCGAGAGCCAGCCGAGGGCCGCGGGGAAGGAGCGGCCUGGGUGCCGGCCCCGGCCCCUCCACCUCCCAGACUGUCGCCACGUCUCUGACCCUCCGUUUUCCUGUCUGCGAAAUGGCGACACUAAUGCCUACCUCACGUUUUGGUUUUGCGCACGGGACUGCGGGAUUAGGUAGCCGGGUGCCGGGAGAGCCCUCGACUAGCUCUCGCUAAGCACCAGCACCUGUCCCCGACGCCCUCCUGCCCCGGGGACAGCGCCCCCCGCGGGGGCCGAGCACCCCACCGGGGGG